AGCCGUGACGACGAUCACGCCUACGAUCAGAAGUCCUGGGCUAAGCUGGCGCCAGUUACGAGGAUCGUACGCGCGUCGCGCAGAACAAGUUGCCGAUUGAAAACGAAAGAGUAGCAAGAAUGCAAAGGGAGGAACGUGAUAGUGACCACCCCCUCUUCGUUUUGUCCAGAUAGUGGUGUAGUCAUGAGCUCCGUCCGCUCUUCAUUCUGACCGACUCGGUGGCCUUUAGUCGACCAGGCGAACCUACCGAGCGAAGAAGUAAGAAGCUCCGCGUGUGCCAAGCGUGUAGAAGCUUGAAUGUGACCGAGAGAAUGCAGCCCGGGACGAGACGUUCGAGAUUCUAUACGCCGAUAAUAGUGCUACUGUUGUCUCUCUGCCUGAUCGUCUAUAACGCCGCAGCGUGGAAAAGGCGGGAGGACAAGACCAAGUGUCCGAAAGUAAAGGGCAUACGGAAUUUUGACAUAUCCGAGUUCCUUGGAUCUUGGUACAUAGUGCAGUACUAUGCGAGCUCAGAAGAGGCCCUCGCUUAUAGAUGCAUGCGAGCCGAAUUGUCGAUUUCGCCGGAAAGCACCGAGGUUACCAUGAAUUUCACUUACAGCUUUACCGACGAUCCUAUCAACGAGCAACUUGUUGGCAACAUCACCUGGAAAAUCCCGUCCUCGGAGCUACCAGCUCACUGGGUGCACGCUGAGUACCCCUACGAGGGCGUCUACAACACAUACGUGCUUGAUUCGGACUACAAGUCGUGGGCACUGCUGAUGCACUGUGCGGAACAAAGCAAAAGUCCCCGUUACUUAUCGAGCUUCAUCAUGAGCCGAGAGCCGAGUCUCGGAGCUAACGUUAUUUCUUAUCUACGCGAGAAGUUGCCCAGGUACGAUAUCGACUUGGAGUACAUGUUCCCUAUGGAUCAGAACCAGUGCAACAAGACAGAGACUUCCGCGUUGGACCUGCUGCUCCCGCCAUCGGUGCUGAUCAGAAGAAACAACGCUGCGCGGAAACACCCAUUGAAAAGGAAACAUCGACGUGUCUGAAUUUAAUAUGCACCUUCAUGUUCGAAUAGGUAGAGUCCUGUAACAACUAUCAACGCCGUAAAUGUGUAGUAUCUUACAUUAGGGAGGGAUAUCGCUUCACUCCAAGUGUCCUGCUGUUUCAAUUACAGUAAUAAAAGUUCCUCAACUUUUAGUAACAUUCGACUUUUGAUACACUGUAAUCGAAAAUAAAAAAAGAAAAUUGCAACUAAUAAAAGAGGAUGACAGGUGUCACAUUUUCAUAGAUAUUUAUGAAAGUUUACACGAGUAUUCAUUGGUCAGGUCUGAGAGUUUUACAGCGAAUGGUUCCAUUUUUCGUUUUCGAAACUCUUUCGCGUUGAUUUAUUUGCAAUCGAAUAUUACGCGAAUGGACAAUUGUCGACCAGGAAAUUAGCGGAAAUUCAUGAAAUUCGCGAAAUACGUGUAACAAUAUGUCCCCAAUGGAGGGACAUUACGGCACUCCUGGCAAUUUGUCCACUUAUUUUGAGAGCGAAUUGUGACGAAGGUACAGAGCCACAUGUGCGUAACCUGAGUUCUAGUAAGAGAACUCAAAGACUCAAACGUGAGUCAUCCAGCGCGAAUGAGUUAAAAAAAGGAACUAUUCGAG